GGUGGCGGCGUUAAGAGUGUGCGGUAUUUAUACACUGUAAUCAUAUCGUAUAUAUCCACCCCUUCGCUACACAGUCCACACUGUAACAAGUAUAGCAACAAAGACAGCUUGGCCACCGGAAAAUGCUAACCCGCAACGCAGCUCCUCCCUCCUCUCCGUGCCCACUUGUUUCAUUUGAUUUCCAUUGUCAAAUGUCUGAUAGGUUAUUGUUUCCUCACAACCUAAACUAUGGCCUUGACCGAGGACGAAGGAAGCAUGAGAGUUUACGACUCAGGGCUGGCUUUUGGGAGUCCAUUAAAUCUGGCUUUUUAAAGAACAAUACCACACAAGUCAUUGAAACGCCCUCUGCACCCCAGGAAGAGGAGGAACCUUUGCCUCAAGAGUUUGUUCUUACUGAGAAGACUGAACCGAAUGGGGCAGUGGAACAAAUAAUAUUCUCCUCAGGUGGAGAUGUUGAUGUGUAUGAUCUUCAAGCCCUAUGCGAUAAGGUGGGCUGGCCUCGGAGACCACUGUCAAAAUUAGCUGCAGCUUUGAAAAACAGCUACAUGGUAGCCACACUGCAUUCUAUUAAGAAAUCACCUGGAUCAGAAGGGAGUGACCAAAAGAAGCUAAUUGGCAUGGCUCGUGCCACAUCAGAUCAUGCCUUCAACGCUACAAUUUGGGAUGUCCUCGUUGAUCCAAGCUACCAGGGACAAGGUCUUGGUAAGGCCCUUGUUGAAAUGCUAAUAAGAGCUCUUCUGCAGAGGGAUAUUGGAAAUAUAACACUCUUUGCCGAUAGUCAAGUUGUGGAGUUCUAUCAGAAUUUAGGUUUUGAACCUGAUCCAGAGGGCAUCAAAGGUAUGUUUUGGUACCCGAAGUAUUAAUUAACUUUAAAAAAAGUCGUUUUUUCUUUUCACCUUACAUUGAACUAUGUUUUGAGUUUGAAUGGGUAAUGGGACAUCAGCAUUGAUCGGUAUGAAAGACUGAUAAUUACCCCCAUUUGUAGUAUGUACAUGCGACAUUGAUACCUAUUGAUUAUUGUUAUGAGAGUAA